UACUUUUGCAGCACGCUACAAAUACGGCGUGACAGAUUUUUUCUUUUUCCAAUUAUUAUUAUUGAAUGGCUGGCUGUUUCAGAGCACUUCGUGGUUGUUAAAAGUGAACCUCUUUAUAAAUAACUGCAAGUAAACAGAAUACCCCUCAGCUUUUUGUGACUUGGAGACUCGCGAGGACGCACCACACAUCUCCAGACCGUUACAUAGUUGCCUGUCGGCUGUACUAAGUAACCCACUUUCUGCAAAGCAAAAGAGGGGGGGUGGGGAAGCAGCGGGGAGAGGCACCGUUUUGAUCUCUUUAAAAAAAAACAAGCCUGUGCAGUCAGGAGAACUUUCUAUAGUACCAGAUAUUAACGACUCUAUCCAUUCUUUAAAGAAAAGAGUUUUACGCGCAGCCCUCUUGUGUUUGCAAGCACCUGCCAUCAUGACACGAAGACCCUGCGCCAUCUACGCGGUCGGGAUCCUCUGCGCCUCCCUGCUGGUCGUCGGGGUUGGUUUGGUUGUGAGUCAAACUUUCCGCACGUUGAUGCACAACCGCCUAAAAAAGGAGAUUGUUUUGGUUGAGGGCAGCCGUGUCUUUGAGUCAUGGAAAACCCCUCCCCCUCCAGUCUACAUGGAGUAUUUUUUCUUCAACGUGACCAAUGUGGAUGCAUUCCUUAAUGGGGCCAAGCCAGAGGUCAAGCAGGUCGGACCCUACACAUACAGGGAAUACAGGUAUAAGGACAAUGUGAGCAUGGUAGAAAAUGACAAGAUGGUGUCUGCAUACAACUACAGGAGCUUUGUGUUCCUGAGAGAGAAGUCUGUGGGUGACCCAGCUGUGGAUAACAUCACCACUGUCAACAUCCCAGCCUGGGCUGUGAUGAACAAGCUCAGAGGGAGCUUCUGGAAGGCCUCCGCUGUGGCCUUUAUGAUGAGCUCCUUGAGUUCCGGUCCCUUCACCACUCACACUGUGGAUGAAUUGCUGUGGGGCUACGAAGAUCCCUUGCUGGCCCGCUUAUCUGCCAGCAGUCCUGACAUAGAGAAGGUCUUCGGUCUCAUGUACAAGAAAAAUGGAACUCACAGCGGGGAAUUUGUCUACCACACUGGGCAGCAGAACUACAUGGAUUAUGGCCACGUCAAAACAUGGAAUGGCGAAAGCGAGCUGACCUUCUGGAAGUCGAACCAAAGCAACAGCAUCAAUGGGUCAGAUGGAAGUGCUUUCCAUCCCCUGCUAGACAAGAAUGAACGCAUUUACAUAUUUACUUCAGACCUCUGCAGGUCCAUCCACAUGGAGUUUGAAAAAGAUGUUGAGGUGAAAGGAAUCCCAGCGUACCGCUUCACACCACCACGCUCUGUUUUUGCCAGCAAAGAGGAGAACCCGGCCAACGCGGGUUUCUGCGUCAACCCAAAGGAGUGCCUGGGAACUGGCCUUCUUGAUGUCAGUCCCUGUCGCAAAGGUGCCCCAGUGGUCGCAUCCUUCCCUCAUUUUUACCUGGCAGACAAUAAAUACGUGGCUGCCGUUGAAGGGAUGUCCCCGAAAAGAGAGCAUCACCAAACGUACCUAGACCUUAACCCGACCACUGGAGUGAUUGUACGUGCAAACAAGAGAGCACAGAUAAACGUCUUGGUCAACAAAAUCUCCGGAUUCGCGAAAACUAGAGGCUUCAAUGAUACAAUCUUUCCCGUCAUGUUCAUCAAUGAGAGUGUGGUGAUAGACGAUGCUUCUGCUGCGAGAGUACACAAGCUGCUGCUGAUUGUCACUGUAGUGUCCAACUUCCCGCUCAUGAUUGUGGGACUGGGUGGCAUUAUGCUCGUAGUCUUGAUCGUCCUUUUGGUCCGAGCCCGCGAACAGAAGAACGAAGUUAAGCGCACUGUGUUUACCAAGCCUCUCUAUGCUACCUCCAACGAAGAGGACGCUUCCUACUCUCCAGUUAGUGACAAGGAAAAGGAGGAUCCUCAAAAUGGGACCUAUAUCGGUUUGACACCGAAAGAGGACCCACAAACCUGAGGAAGGAGGGGAUGCUUAGAAGGGGGACUUUGAACACCGACAACCCUCAGAACUUCAAAUAGGGAUUUGGGUUUUCAGGAGAGGGAUGAGAAAUAAUAUUUUUUUCUUUUAUGAAUGGAAAUCUUUGGGGUUGUGGGGGUUGAGGAAUUGAGGAGGGGAACACGAUUUUAGUUUCAAACAUACUGAACUGUAUGUGAUCAAUUUUAGCCAUGGAGAACUACCUAAAGUCCAGUAUACAGUAUUUGCUGUAUUCCCCAGAAAAAAAUUGACAUUCGUUUGACAUGCUGUGUGUCAGGGCUACUUUUUUGCUGUUUGGUGAAAUCAGUUUCUUAAAGCUGACGUCCUCUAAUAAGUUGAGAUGGAGACUUCACUUUGUGGUGGUCUUCAUCAAACAAAACACACCUUUUAAACGUCAGGUGUGGAAUACAUUUGAUUUUAGUGCUGUGGCCUGUCUUCAUUCUCUCAUGCCAGGGUUAUGAAGUCCAUUAACUGUGAGUUUUUAGAUAUUAUAUGCCACUCUCAGGUUGCCUCUGCUUAAAUACUAUCUAAUUAACAACGAGGAGCGAAGCAAAACAUACCGCAAGCCUUCUCUUUGUGAAGACAUUUAAAUCCAUUCAGUAUUACUAUUUGUCAUUUGCAUUUCAUCCUACACUUAAUGUUAUCCCUUUCUUGGCUCUUUUUCUACUCGUGCACUGUAUUUAGAGGGGAUAUCUGUGGACAUCGCUAGCACAGCACCAUGGAGACCUUCAGAGUAUAUUUUUGUAUAUAUACAGUGCGAGGUGUGUUGAGCUGUUUACAUUCCUCUCAGUGUAUGAUGGGAAUGCAUAGCAGACAAAACACUGAAUAUUUUGGACAUUUUAAUUUUUGUAAAAUAAGAAGUCCUUCUCCUUUGUUGUAAAUGUUAAUAUAGAAAUGUUUGAAUGCAAAGUUAGAGCUUCACACUUGUCUUCCAGUGCCAUAAUGAGCGAUGCCUUUAUGAUCCAUCUAAAGCCGAGUAUGACAGGAUUUUUUAUGGUUGAAACAAUAAUUCAUACAGUCCUGAAUUUGUAUGUUGACAGUGUUUUGCCCUGUAUAACUGCUUACAUUAACUAACCACCAUAUCAAAAAGUAAUUCAGCUUAUUAUCAUUUCAAAAUGGCGCUUUUUUGAUGCUAUUGUUGAAGGCCUUAAUAACAUUGUUGGUGCUGAAUAUGACACCUAACAAUGUUUGUGUAGGACUUCAUGUCAGGUGUCCAGCCAUACAGCCAACAAAUCAUGAAGGUUCAAUAUGAAGAAAUUGCCUUUAAAAGAAUCAAUGUUACUGCAAUUUUUUUGUCUUUUAUAGCUCUCCCAUAUGUUGUGAAAAUAACGCCUUGUCACACCAACAAAUCUGCUCUCAUAUGCAUAUAUUCUUCUUUUAAAUACCAAACAAAACAGCAUGAAACUGCUUUUUUUUUUUUUUUUUUUUGUCUUGCCGGCAGGGUCAAACUUUCUCACUCAAGCCUGGUGAAAUUACCUGAUUUCAGGUGCCAUCUAAUGUAAUAUAGUGAAUGCUGCAGAAUAACUUUGAACUGUGUUGAGCCCAGCUUUUAUUACUGAUCUUAUUCGUAGUUGUAAAAUGUUAAGGCUGAAUGAGUAUCGUCACACCACCUUAUCGUUACGUGCACUGUUAUGAUCAGCAAUACAUAUAUCAGAGUUUAAUUUAGAGAUUUCUGCUUCCUCAUUUGACUUUACUUUGAUGUAUGCUUUAAUGAGUCAUGCACAAUAAGAAAACCUAAUUAAAAUAGAAGAAAUUAACGUAGAGUGCAUAAUGCAGUUUCAUCCUAAAUUAGUGAGAUGGUGAAUGAAUGGAUAGAGAUGCAAAACAAUACAGUAUUACACAAAACUAGAAUUGUGGUUAAAGAAGGAUAAAUUAUUUUGUUACGUUGGUGAAAACAAAACACAGGAGGCACUAUAUGGACUGUACACAGGGUUACCUUGUGCCAUAUAUGAUAACAGAUUGUACUUUCUGAAAUGAUCGUUACUGCAACAACCGCUUAUAAUUCUAAUUGUCAAUUGUUUUGAAACACUGACUGUUAAUACUGUUUUUACUCUGUCCACAGAAAUAAAAGUAGUUUCAGUAAA